AUGAAGGAAAUUAUUUAUGUAAAGAAUAAAGAAAGAAAAAAUAUAAUAAGUAAUGUUCGUAUAAAGGCGCAAAAAUUAGACCAAGAUGAAUAUGAAAUUUCAAGAAACGAUUGUAAAGAAUUCAUAAGAAUUGUUAAAAGGCAUACUAUAGAAUGUAUGUUUGAAGAACUUUUUAUAGAUAAAAAUACAAAAGAAAAAGAAAUUACUGCUGAUGAUUUAAUUUCUAUAAUUUCGUCAAAAAAAAAAAGAUGUUUCUAUAUACCUAUAGCUAUCUAUAUAGGCAAAAGAAACGAACUUGAUAAAUAUGAGAAAUAUUUGAUGAAGGAACAAGUUAUGAAUGAGGAAAUUAAAAAAAAAGAUAAAGAAAAUUUAAGAAAGCAAUAUGAAAUAGACAAGAAAAGAAAACAAGAAAAUGAAAUGAAAAGAUAUGUUUCCAUAGAUUCGAUUUAUGGAUUACACGAAAUAAAUAAAAUUGAUAAAGAAGAAGUUUGUGAUAAAGAAAAAGUUUGUGAUAAGGAAGAAAAAAAGUCAUCAUACGAUAAAAUUAAGAAUGACAUAAAUAAAAUUAAUGUAAAUAAUAAUGAUGGGGAUUUUUUUGUAUCUACAGAUAAUAAUAUCGUGAAGAAUGUGAAUAAUAUUCCUCAAGAAGAAAAAAAAAUAGAAAUAGACCUUGAUAUAAAACAAAAUGGUAAAGCUGAUUAUAAAAAUGAGCAAGGAACUGUAUCAAAAAUAAAAGAAAAAAUUGAUGAAAUAACAAAAGAUCAACUUUGUGAUAAUGAAAAUUUUAAAAUGGAGAAUAAUAAAAAACAUAAAAAUAAAAAAAAUAAAAAAAAAAAUAAUAAUAAUAAUAAUAAUAAUAAUAAUAAAAUUAAAGAUCAAAAGGAAGAUCACAAUGAAAAGAUGAUCAAUGAUCCUAAGAAUUUCAUAUCUAAUACAAAAAAAAAUAAUAAUAAUAAUAAUGAAAAGUUUUGUUACAAAACCGAAAUAACAAACAUACAUACAACAAAUGAUAAUAACGUCUCAGAAGAAAAGAAAAAUUAUUACAAUACAUUAUUAAAAAAAGUUGCCGAUAGAAUAGAAAGGAAUAGUAUGAAUAAAAAUAUUGAGAAAACAAAAUAUUUGAAAUCUUUUCAUUUGGUUUCUUAUUAUAAACUAAAUGAAUUAAUUUACGUCUCAUUCUUAAUCAGAAAGUAUUACAAUCAUUAUUAUGAAAAAGAAUUAUACGAUAUUGUUGAUAUAUAUGAAGACAUUCAAAAUAAUAAAAAAGAAAAUAUUCAUGAUAAAAAUAUAGAAGAAAGAAAAAUACAUAAAACAAAUUUUACAAAUGAUUAUGUAAAGAAUGGUCCUAAUAAUGAUAUUGAUAACAAUUCAAACGUUAUGAUACAUUUUAAUAAGAAUGAUAAUAUAAUAUAUAAAGAUAUUUUUAAAAAACUUGAUGAGGAAAGGAAGCAAAAAAAAGAUAAUAUCUAUAAUGAUUAUGCACACAAAUAUAUACACAGCGAUAUGUUAUACAAUUAUCGGGUUGUACAAAAUGAUCUGUACAAAAUAAUUCAACCGGUGUUAUAUAAUUUAAAUAUAUUUUUUAAUCAGAAUGUUAUAAAGGAUAUUAAUAAAAUUAUGGAAAAAUAUGACACGGUUAUUCAGGAUGUACAACAGGUUGGUAGAAAGAAGGAAUAUAAUAAAAGGAUAAAUGAAGGAUUGGAAAAGCGUGAGGGACAUAAAUCAACUUAUGAAAAAGAAAAUGAAGUGAAACAAAAUAACGUGACACAAAAUGGAGAUAAAAAAUUACAAAACAAUGUACAAACAUAUGAACAAGAAUAUAUACAAACCAAUUUACACAAUGAUGAUAAAAAUAUAAAUACUAAAAAAAUCCAAAAUAGUAAGAAUUAUCACGUUAAUGAAAAAAGAAAUGACAAAAAUGUAGAUAAUAAAAAUAAAGAUAAAGAAGAGUGUAUUAAUUAUACAGAACUUGACAAAGGAGAUAAACACAUUAUGAAUACAUUGAAGAUACCAAAUAACAAAAUGCAGAAGGAAGAAAAAAGAAAAGAGAAUGUAUUAUUUAAAAAAGAAGAAGAAACACAUUACAUAAAUAAGGAAAAAGAUGAAUGUGAUAACGUUAGAAAUACAUUUAAAAUGAUGGGUUAUUCAUCAAAAAAUAUAACAAAUAAUAAUUUAAAUAACUUAUCGAAAAGUUCUCCCAGAGCUGUUUACCCUUUAAAAUGUAUAGAAACAGAAUCCUUCAAAAUUAUGAUAUUAAAAAAAAAGAAAAAAAAAAAAGAUUCUUAUCAAUCCAUAAAUUAUAAUUCGGAUUCAUAUAUAUCUUCAACUAUGUGUGACAACUUGGAAGAUGAUAAUGAUAAAGUUCAAUCAGAUAAUUACAUAAAUUAUUUAAAUAUAAAAUAUAGUAAAGAAGAAUUAAAAAGUUUGAACAAUCGUAAUUUUAUUUAUUAUAUAACAAACGAUAUUGAAACACUUGGAAUAUAUAAAAAAAUUUAUUUUUAUGAUUUCUUUUUUAUAUAUUUAUUAAGGAAAUUAUUCUGGAAUAUCUUUUCAUUAUAUUAUAUAUAUUUACAAAAAUAUAAUGAUAGAAGGGAAGAAAAAAGAAAAAAUAAGAUACAACAAAAUAUAAACAAUAUAAACCUGCCAUCUAUAUCAUCCUCUUCAUCAAACGAUGAAACUAAUAUAUCUAAAAAAUAUAUUCAUAUUAAUAAUAAUAAUAAUAAUAAUAAUUAUAAAAUUAAAAAAAUUUAUUGCGAUCAUUUAUUGUUAUAUGAGAGCGAUGUAAGCCUUAACAAUUCUCAAAUUAACAAAGAAUAUCUUUAUAAUACAAACAAGUUGUUACAUGACGAUUUACAAAUAUUAUUUAAUUUAAUAAGGAAACAAAAAAUUUUAAUAUAUUUUAGAUAUGAUCAAAAUAAAAAAAUUAAAUGUAAAAAUAAAACACAAUAUGUUCAUAGGGAUAUAUGGAUAUAUCUAAUUUUAAAAGCUCUCAAAAAAAAAAAUGACAGCACCAUUUUUAAUGAAUUCAUAUUCUUUAAAGAAAAGCAAUAA